AUGACGGUGCCGUUCCGCGUCAAGGCUCUCUACGAGUAUAGCUCGCCGCACGACGAUGACUUGAACUUCAAUGUUGGCCAGAUCAUCACCGUCACUGAAGAGGAGGACCAAGACUGGUACGGUGGCCAGUACCUCGACGAUGACGGCAUCAAGAAGGAGGGCAUCUUCCCUCGCAACUUUGUCGAAAAGCUCGAGCCAACAGCCCCUCCCCGUCCGACCAGAACACGUCCCAAGAGGGAACCAGAUGUUGCUCGUCCAGCAGAGACUGUAGCACCAGCACCGCCCCCACCAGCUCCGACCGCCGAGAAACCUGCUUCUGUCGAGAACGUCGAGAACGUCGAGAUCUCCGAACCAAAACCCGAACGGCCCGUGGAACGUGACAUUGCUAUUGCUGAACCUGAGCCUCCAGUCACGACCGUCUCGGCCGUACCGGUGGCAAGCAAGCCAGCGCAACCAGCCCUGGCAAAACCCCCCCCAAAGGUCGUUUCGCCGCCGGUGGCACCUGCGGCUGCUGCCGAACCAUCAGGACCAAACCCGAGGGCCGGGCCUCCGUCCGCGUCCGAAAAGCCCUUGAGCAACUCAUUCAAGGAUCGUAUUGCCGCUUUCAACAAACCUGCUGCCCCUCCUGUCGCACCUUUCAAGCCUACCGGCCUAGGAGGCGGUGCUGGUCCCUCGGCAUUCGUCAAGAAAACAUUUGUAGCACCUCCUCCGAGCCGGAAUGCUUACGUACUGUCGCCCCGAGAGAAACCCGCUACAAGUGUCUACCAUCGAGAAGAGGAUCCCGAGAUCAAGGAGAGGGAAGCUGAAGCUCAGAGUCAGGCUGAAAGGGCUGGACUCGUCCCUGCAGACCAGUCACAUGAGGGUGGCGAGAAUGACCAGCCCAAGCCGACGAGUCUCAAAGAGCGCAUCGCCUUGCUUCAAAGGCAGCAGGUGGAACAGGCUCGACGCCAUGCAGAUGCCGCUGCCAAGAAGGAGAGGCCCAAGAAGCCGCAGAAGAAGAAACCUGAUACUGCGGCCCAGGGGGAUGAAGGCGUCGCCGAGACUGGUGAGGGCGCACUUCUUUCGCCUUCGCUGGAGCGUGCUGAAACUGGGGAGACGGAAGCCGGGACCUCGACAGACGAGGCCAAUGUUAGGUCGCUCUCCCUACCUAGACGACGAGCCUCCAAGGGCCUGGCUGUCGAUGAGUCUCAUGACGGGAAUGAGGCCGACAUGUCUGGUGCUGGCGACACGACAGAGGGACAAGAUGAUCUUACAGAACGCGAGGAUAGCGAAGAGCCUUCAAGAAAUGUGCGCCGCAGACCAACGUCACAUACGACAGCUGCCACGGUUCCUCAUCAUGAGGCCGAAGCCAAGACCGCUGCCACGCAACCCGUGGGGCAGCAGGACGAGGAAGAAGGCGAAGACGAGGAAGACGACGUGGAUCCCGAAGUCCGGCGCAGGGAGGAGCUGCGGGCGCGAAUGGCAAAAAUGAGCGGUGGAAUGGGAUUCCAUGGCAUGUUUGGGGCUCCGAUCCCCCCCAUGGCAAAACCUCCAUCCAAAAAGAAGACUCCCAAGGCUGUAGAAUCUGCUAUGGAGGAGGAGCAAGAUACGGAGAAGAACACCCUCUCUCGCGCCGGUGCUCCACCUAUUCCGACAGCAAUGGCAUUGCCUGGGAUGGGAAACGCUCUCGCUCCAAGUCGAGGCCGCCAUGAUGAGCAAGAGGGCGGCGAAGAUGAUGUCGGCGAAGAUACCCCGGGCCCCUCGAGAACAGCACCGCACUCAUUGCCAGCCCGUGCGUCAGGGCACAGAGAUGAUGCCGAUGUUGAGGAAGAGGAGCAGGAGGAGCAGGAGGAGGAGGAAAGGGACGGAGAAGCGAUGCAGGCCCCUAUUCCCGACACUGCCUCUCCCCGUCGAGGUCUCAGCGGAGCUCCGCCUCUUCCUGGCGGCCGAGCCGUACCUCCUCCGGUUCCCACCGAGUCUCGUGCACCGCCUCCUCCUCCGCCGCUUCCUGCUGAGAUUAAAGCGCCCACUGACGGAUCAGAAUCGGAUGAUGAACUAUCUGGCGGAGGGAGAGACAACGUCCCGGGGCAGGUUGGUGUUCACGCGAAGCGGUCACCGCCCAUGCCGCCGCAACCUGCUUCUGGUCUGCCGACGAGGCCGCCACCCCUUUCCCCCCGUCCCGACGACUUGCCGGCACAGUCGUCGGCGGCGGCUGCUGCGAGUAAACGCACAAGUCGACCACCUCCACCGAUUCCAGGAUCUGCUCCAGCUCUUCCUCCUGCUACGAGCAGGCCACCUCCUCCGCCGCCCCCUCCAGCGGGAGACUUGAGGCGGCAGUCAACGCUUGAUGCCGCCGUGGCCACGCCGUCCCGGCCACCGCAGGCGGGCGAGGAGGAGGAUGAGGAAGUCACGGAAUACGAGGGUGACUACGACACCGACAUUGCCUCGUCAGCCCCGCACAAGGAUGCCUUGAAGGCUCACGCCAGAGAGUCAAGUGUAGAGGAUAAUAUGCUCCAGUCGCCAGUCCGGGAAACGCCACCGAGCAUCCCACCGCCCGUUCCGUCUGCCGCGGCUCCCCGAGCCGUUCCUCCUCCCAUUCCAAGCCAGCCGCCAACUCUGGGGGACAAGAGGCAAUCCAUCGACGUUCCUCGUGCGGCACCUCCCCCACCUCCCACACCAGCAAAGGACGCCCCUGCGGGAGCAGCUCGGGAUACGGAUGAGUACGACCCCUACAACUACGCCUCGCCCCUGCCGCCACCGGCUGCUCCUCCCGCGGGAUCGACCUACAGCCACAGGACGCCCAAGAUUGACGAGGAUAAAGACUACUUUCCGGGACCAGCAGCCGCCGUACCCGGAUCAUCUGUCCCGGAGCGACGACCACCACCGGCCGCAACGCCUGGCCGCGCCGCUGGCAACAGGCCAUCCUUGGACCUGCCCAGGACCAGCACAAGCAACAGAAGAUCGAUGGAUAUGCACAGGCCAUCCGUGGAGUCGGACUUUAUCGCCAACGAUGUGGAUCUGGCGGUCCAAAACGGAUGGUGGAAGCAAGCGAACCAGGUACCUCCCAUAUUCCAGGGCCGCAAGGACAUACACUACGAAAGCGAGGAGACGACGACGACCAACCAAGGUGCCAAGACGGUGACGAGGCGAGACGUCUUUGUCCUUUUCCAGGACUACUCGCAGACGAUCGUGACGGUCCGGUACGACCCGUACAACCCAUCGGAUGCCGAGCUGGACCAGCGACACGAGGCUCCGCCCAGGGCUCUUCGCCAGGACCAGAUGGAGGAGUUUCACGAGCGGUACGGGCGGCAGAUAUCCGACGCGGCCACGUCGAAGAAGGACACGGUCGUGGGCGACGGCACGCCGCAGGGGUUCGUGCUGGAGAUGCUGCGGCCGCUCAGCGGGGCGCUGCCGCCGGUGGGCACGCGGUCCUACGGCGCCCUCGUCUACGCCAACAUGGCCAACGCGUCGAUCCAACAGCAGGACGUGAUCCGAGCCGGGGACAUUAUAUCGUUCCGCAACGCCAAGUUCCAGGGCAAGCACGGACCGAUGCACGCCAAGUACUCGGCAGAGGUGGGCAAGCCGGACCACGUGGCGGUGGUCGCGGAGUGGGACGGGACCAAGAAGAAGGUGCGAGCGUGGGAGCAGGGGAGGGAGAACAAGAAGGUCAAGAUGGAGAGCUACAAGCUGGACGACCUGAGGAGCGGCGAGGUCAAGAUCUGGCGCGUGGUUCCGCGAAGCUGGGUCGCGUGGAACAUGCAGCCGUAG